GAGGCGACCGACCGCGGGCGUGGUGAUAUAAAAAAAGCUGCCACCCACGGUCGCGACUUGGUUGACGUGCUGGCCAAUUUGCGUGCCCAGCGACGGUCUAAAUGUUGAGAGGAUGCGCUCCCGCGACUCCAUUUGUGGGGAGCCAAGUCCGCGGGGCUGUACGUGCUAGGGACGCAACAAACGGUGCCAUGUCAAGCUUUCGUAUGGAAUGAUUUCGUGUUGCAAGAAUCGACUCGGGUCGGCUGCUUGGACAGUCCCACAUGUCGGAUUAGAUGGUAAACAUUUCUGAUCCGCCGGAAUGCGGCUUCGAGAUUGCACUUUGAAAAAUGAGCGCCCAGCUGCUCAAGUCGUUUGUGCUCACACACGAGGAGGAGGUCGCGUUCGGCGCCCGCGCCCGGCACCUUCUCCAUACCGCGUUGGCCGCAGCGCCCAAGGCGGCGCCGUCCCUCGACAAGAUGGGCCUGCGUGUCUACAAGGACGACAUGAAGAAGGAGUAUCUCUGCACGGGGCUCGUCCACGCCAGCCUCCGCGACGUGGCCUACGCGCUCUACACGGACUGCACGCGUGACGUCAAGACCGUCGCCGCGCUUCUGCUCGGCAAGGCGUACCAAGACGCCGCCGUCUUGCGCGCACUGCAGACGCGCACGGACGCCGACCCGUUCCAAUUCGUUGGCGCCAAACUCGUGUCCAUCAACAAGACGGGGAUCUUUGGCAAGUCCAAGGAGCUCGUGUACCUCGAGUACUCUGGCACGUACGUCCCACCGGGAAGCGCGUCGUCGCCCGUGCUCUACCAGAUUCUCGAGUGGAUCGAUAUGACCCACUACUUGUCGCCAGCCAACGUAUGGCAUCGCGCGAUUCGCCCCGCGUGCUCGAUGGUCCACCUCUUUCGCCCCGUGGCCGGCAACGCCCGCGUCGUAUCGCUCUUGUCGCAAACGACCUAUGCGCGCGAGGUGCCUGUGUACCUCCGCAACCUCAAUACGACCGCUUCGUACUGCGACCACGUGCAGCAGCUCUCGACGCUGCCGGCGUCGAGGCGGCUCUUGGACGGCAACUGCCUCGUCCAGCACUGGGUGCCAGAGGCCAAGGCGUGUAGCGUCUGCGCGCUCUCGUUCAAGGCGCUCCGACCAAAGUACAAUUGCCGGUCCUGCGGCGACGUCAUGUGCUCCAACUGCACACAUCAAUUGCAGGCGCCAACGACGAUCAACAAAUACUGCACCAAGUGUGUGCUGGCGGCGCGGCAGCGCGAGGGUCCGCCACCGUCCGUGGCGCAAAUGCCGGCGCCAGCGCCGCUCGACCGCGUCCCGACUUUUCUCUACACGGCCAUGGACGAUCUCGAUGACGACGACGCGACGAUGACGAGCUGUCAAGACCUCUUAUCGCAGCGACCCGCGAACGACCCGUUGCCCGAGACGUUUGCGCACAUCGAGAAAAAGCUCGCAGAGCAGAGCUCGCUCUUGUCGUCGAUGCGGGAUGUGAUGGAGCGAAGGCGGCAGUCGCUCGUGUCGUCGUCCGUGUCGGGCACCGAGUACGACUCGUGUGCGAGCUUUGAUCCGGACAGUCUCCUCUCGCUCGGCGACGACGACGACGAUGACAACACGCGCUUUGAAGAAGUUGUCGGUUAAUGCUGCCACCCGGUUAAUGCUGCCACCCUACACCCUUAUUAAUUGUUAUCUAAAUCGAAUCAUAAAUGAACAAACGCAAAUCUGGAUUGUUCGUCAAAUAU